CACUGUUAAAACUAUGCUAACGGUUUAAACUGUUUUCUUUCAUGUAAUCAAUUUUUCUAACUUAAAUAAUAAAUAAUUAUAUCUGAAAAUGUAUAUUAAAUCUAUGGUAUUAGAAGGUUUUAAAUCUUACGGUAAAAGAAUAGAGAUAAAUAACUUUGACAAGGAAUUCAACGCUGUCACAGGAUUUAAUGGAAGCGGCAAAUCAAAUAUUUUAGACGCUAUAUGCUUUGUUUUGGGUAUUACAAAUCUCAGUCAGGUACGUGCUACAUCUUUACAAGAUCUAGUAUACAAGUCUGGUCAAGCGGGUAUACAGAAAGCUACUGUUACAAUAAUAUUCGAUAAUCGUGAUCGUGAGUCAUCGCCUAUCGGAUAUGAGCAUCACAAAGAACUUGUUAUAACACGACAAAUUAUUAUCGGAGGGAAAAAUAAAUAUUUGAUUAAUGGAUUAAGCGUGCCUAAUAAAAGAGUUCAAGAUUUGUUUUGUUCUGUACAAUUAAAUGUAAAUAAUCCUCAUUUCUUAAUAAUGCAAGGCAGAAUUACCAAAGUGUUGAAUAUGAAACCAUUCGAAAUUUUAUCUAUGAUUGAGGAGGCAUCAGGAACACGCAUGUAUGAAACUAAAAAACAAAUGUCGCUUAAGACUAUUGAAAAAAAAGAAAAUAAAUUGAAAGAAAUCAAUAAUGUUCUGGAACAAGAAAUAGCACCAAAGUUGAAUAAACUUAAAGAGGAAAGGUCUUAUUACAUGGAAUAUCAAAGAGUCCAACGAGAAUUAGAACAUUAUAACAGAUUAAAUAUUGCUUGGGAGUACAUUAAAACUACAAAAAGUUAUAAUGAGGCAGAAGAGCAAACGCAGCUUACCAAAAAUCAAAUAAAUGAAAAAAUGACAAGAAUUAAUAUUGGGAACAAGGAGAUAGAAGAAAUUGAUAUGAAAUUGAACGAAAUGUAUAAGAUCAAAAACGCGGAAUUUAGUGAACAAUUAGGAAAAUUAGAGGACGAAUUAAAAGACGUGGAGAAAGAGCAAUUUAAAAUAACAGCCAAAUUCAAUGGCAAUAAAGAAGAUAUUAAAGCUACAGAAAAGACGGCAGAAGAAUUGAAAGCAAACAUUAACGAUGAAGAGGAAACAUUGCUCGUUAAAGAAAAAGAAUUUGAAAAGGUAGGAAGUUUGUUUAAGGAAUUGAAAGAAAAUGAUGAAAAGGAUUCUGUAGCUUUAAUGGCUGCCCAAGAAAACUAUCAAAAGAUUAGUUCAGGAUUAUUGCAAACGGAGAAUGGUGAAAAUGCAACGUUGGAGCAACAGUUGAUAAAUGCCAAACAGUAUGUGACUCAAGCGCAAACAGAGCUCCAGCAAUUGCAAAUGAAUCUGGAUCAUGCUAAAACUCAAUUGAAUACUAAAUUAAAAGAUAUGCGCAAUACGAAAGAUGAAUAUAGAAAAGAUAGUAAUGUUCUCGAGAAGAAAGAAGAAAUAUUAAAGAACUUGGAAGAUCAAUUAGCACGGAUUAAUUACAAAGAUCGUUUGGAAGAGCUCCAAGCUCAUAAGCAUACGUUUAAUAAUGAAAUAAGAUGUUUGCAAGAUAAAAUAGAUCUAUUAGAACAGCAAUAUCCUAGACUUAGGUUUUAUUAUAAAAAGCCAGAUCUCAAUUUUAAAGAGGAUUCCGUUAAGGGACUGGUCUGUACGUCAUUGAAGAUUAAAAAUAAAAAUGCUGCGUAUGCUUUGGACUUAGCUGCAGGAGCAAAGCUGUACAAUGUAAUAGUCGAUACUGAAGAUAACGGUAUGAAAUUAUUGGAACGUGGUCAGUUGCAACAACGCAUCACGAUUAUUCCGCUUAACAAAAUAGAAGGAAGAACUAUGGAUAGGCAUAUAAUCGAAUUAGCGGAAAAAUUAGUUGGCGCCGAUAAAGUUCAACCAGCUUUGUCGCUUAUUGAUUUUUCCGAAGAAAUUAGACCCGCGAUGACUUGGAUAUUUGGUCAGAUUUUUAUAUGUAAAGAUAUGGAGACUGCAGAAAAGAUAGCUUUUCAUAAAAAGAUUAUGAAAAAAUGUGUAACCCUGGAAGGUGAUAUAUUUGAUCCUGUCGGUGCGUUGUCUGGUGGUGCAGCAUCUAAAACGGAAUCUGUUCUUCUUAAAAUAGAAGAAUAUAAUAAAAUGAAAGAUCUAUUGAAACAAAAACAGCAAGAUUUGUUAAAGAUCGAUGAAGAUCUAAUAACUAAUGAAAAAGCAAGAGAACAAUAUGUCUUGUUAAAAGAUAAAUACGAUUUAAUAAAAUAUGAAAUCAAUAUGAUACAACAACGAUUACAACAAACGCUGCAUCACAAAACUAAGGAGGAGGUAGAAUUAUUGAAGACAAAUAUUGACAAUCUGAUGGAACGUAUAGAUGCAGCUAGAAAUUUAGAAAAAGAUAAUUUAAUAAAGACUAAAGAAUUGGAAUGUCAAUUGAAAGAUGUUGUAAAUAUUCGCGAAAAUCAAUUGAAAGAAGCUGAGAAUCUAUUAACGAGCUUAAAAAAGAAAGCUGAAAAAAGUCGUGCCGAGUGGCAAAAACGUGAAAAAGAAUUCCAAACGCUCGAGUUAGAAAUAAAAGAGUUAAGAGGAAUUAUCCAAACGGAGAAACAACAAUUAAUUAAGAUCGAAGACAAAUUAAUUCAGCUCAAUGAAAUCGGAAAUACUUUUGCAAAAGAACUCGAGGAAAUUAAUGUCAAGGUAAAAAGCUCAAAAGAUCGAGUUAAAGAACGAAAGCAAAUUAUAAAUAAACAAAACGAGGAGAUGCAAAAGUUAAAAACAAAAAAAGAAAAUAUCACCAAACAAAAAGGAGAAGAUGAAUUGGAAAUAAAAACAUUAAAUCAUCAAAUAGCUUCAUGUAUAGGCGUUUCUUCAAAAUGCGCACAUAAGCUUAAAGAUUUAAAGAAACAAUAUCCAUGGAUAGAAGAAGAUAAGCAAUAUUUUGAAAAACCAGGUGGCAUGUAUGAUUUUAAAGUUAACCACCCAGAAGAAACAGAUAAAAAAUUACAGCAAUUGCGGACAGAGUGCAAACAGUUGAAACGUAAUGUCAACACGCGAGCAAUUAAUCUUUUGGAUAAAGAAGAGGAACAGUAUAACGACAUGAUGAAAAAGAAGAAAAUAGUUGAAAAUGACAAGAAAAAAAUACUUGAAACAAUCCAAUAUUUAGAUAAAAAGAAAAAGGAGGCGCUUCAGAAAGCUUGGCUACAAGUAAACAAAGACUUUGGAUCAAUAUUCAGUAGUUUGUUGCCAGGAAGUAAUGCUAAGCUUGUACCUCCAGAAAAUCAAACAAUUACAGAUGGAUUAGAAAUAAGAAUUGGAUUUUCUGGAGUUUGGAAAGAAUCGUUGGGAGAGUUGUCUGGUGGUCAAAGAUCCUUAGUCGCUUUGUCUUUAAUAUUAGCAAUGCUUUUAUUCAAACCAGCACCGCUUUACAUUUUAGAUGAAGUAGAUGCAGCUUUAGAUCUUUCUCAUACAGAAAAUAUAGGUAAAAUGUUGAAGAGACAUUUUAAACAUUCACAGUUUAUUGUUGUAUCUUUGAAAGAUGGUAUGUUCAAUAAUGCCAAUGUAUUAUUUACAACAAGAUUUAUUGAUGGAAUGUCAACGGUUAUUAGAACAGAGAAAUCUAAAUCGAAGUAACAAUAUAAUGAUAUAUUGUAAUAUAAUCCUAAUGUAAAUAUAACCCUUAUUUUUUUUACUUUUUUUUAUU